CUGGAAAAUAAUCUUCGUGGGUAUUAUAUUCAAAAGCCGUUUAAUGACAUGGUCUUUGGGCACAGAAAUUGUGCAGUAUUUGGGUGCCAUAACAGUGGGAAAAAGCUUGAGAAAUGGGCUUCACAGCAAUGCGAAGUUCACGAUUGUUUACACGGCACUCCGCCAUGUGACUGUCCGCUGCCGUUCAAGCUAUUUCCGUUCCCUACUGAACGCAAAAACAAUGAGGGUAGAAAGCGCUGGAUCCAUCUUCUAAAGAGAAAAGGCCCGAAAGGAGAAGUCUGGCAACCUAAUAAUUCGUCGAGAGUCUGCAAUGAGCACUUUGUUGAUGGGAAACCCACGAAAGAAAACCCUGAUCCUGUACUCAAAAUGGGCUACGAGACAAAGUCUACUCGUAACCGUAAACCGCCUACUGAUAGAUCAUCAUUACUAGAAGAAAUGAAACGUUUAAGAACUCAAGAUAAUACUCAAGAUAACACACAAGAUAAUAUUCAAGAUGAUACUCAAGAUAAUGCACAUGAUAGUCAAGAUGCUCCUGUGAUUCAAGAACCAAGUAGUUCCUCGUUUAUAACAGAAGAAGAACAUUGUACUACUGCCGGUCGACCCGACCAUAUCACUCACGAUCAUGCAUAUUCGUUUGGCUGGUACAACCUAGAAGAUCCUGACUUCUGUAUGAAAGAAAAAUGCUUGCAGGAAAGACUCAAGCAGUUCAAUGAGAUCAAAGAUCUCAAAGAAAAACUCCAAGAACUUGAAAGUGAACUCAAAGCAUGUAAGAUAAAACUCAAGGCCAGACAGCGUAAGGGACUAGAACAUUCUGAUUUGAAAACAAAUUCAUCUGUUCGUCUACUAACCGGCCUACCAUCAAAACGAGUAUUCAAUAAGUUGUUUGAAGUAGUGAAGGGAAACAUUAAAAAAGUAAACUACUGGAGUGGCCCAAAAAAAUCUACUAAAAAAGGAAGAAACUUCAAAAAAACACCAAAUAAGUUUGGCCCUAAAAGAGCUUUGUCAGAAAAAGAUGAGUUUCUUUUGACCUUAAUGAAACUUCGACUUGGAUCAACAAAUGCUGACUUAGCACAGAGGUUUGGAAUUUCAACUACAAAUGUAACAAAUGUUGUUACUACCUGGGUGAAAAUCCUAGCAAGUGAACUUAAAUGUUUGGUUUACAAUCCCUCCAUCGAUGUUGUGAAAGCAACUUUGCCCGCAAAGUUUAAAAAGCCAGGCUACUCUAAUGUACGCCACAUCAUUGAUUGCACAGAAAUAUUUAUUGAAACCCCAAGCGACCCAAACCUUAGAGCAGCUACGUGGUCAGACUACAAGCAUCACAACACUGCUAAGCUGUUGGUAUCAAUAACACCACAUGGUUUUUUCAAUUUCUUAUCCAAAGCAUGGGGAGGGAGAACUUCAGAUGUGCAUCUGACAAGAGAAUCAUCAUUUUAUGAUAUCAUUGAACCUGGCGAUGAAGUGAUGGCAGACCGUGGAUUCACAAUUGCUGAAGACCUCUUAAUCAGAAGCUCAAGACUACACAUCCCCCCUGGUAAACGUGGACAAGAGCAGUUCACUAAAGCUGAAGUUGCUAAAACAAAAGAAAUUGCAAAUCUUAGAAUCUUUGUUGAGCAAGCAAUAAGACGGUUGAAGACGUUUAGACUGAUAAAGCAUGAACUACCAAUAUCACUGCUUGGCAGUAUAGACAACAUUGUACUUAUUUGUGCAGCCUUAUGUAACUUGUAUAGACCCUUGGGUAAAAAAUGAUUAACAAGAAAUGUACAAAUAGCUAAAAAGAUUGACAGCAUUUAACCCAUGAAAGAAUAUAAACUUCAUAAAUUUAGAGGAUACCAAUAUGUAUUAGUCUAAGUUCUUUCUUAGGUUAAAUGUUAUUCAAAAUCUCUGCUCUACUUUACUAGCAACUAGUAUAGAGUGCAAUCACUUAAUCUUUCAUACAAAUGGUACCAAAUAAUACUAAAUAGUGUUGAUAAUGGUACAUAACAAGAAAAUUAAGUAAUAGUAUGAUUUAGUACCAUUUAAUGCUUCAGCUAUUAAGUAUGUGCACUCUGAAUAAGAACUGUUAUAUUAUUUGCACCACAAGGACCUCACAAGAGAAAAAUUAUUCUGGUAGAGUGAUUACAAUCAUUAGAUAUAAUUUGUAAAUAUUUUUCUUCAUUUCACAGCUCAUGUGUCGCUGAACACAAAUAAAUAAUAUAUUAUUUAUUAUUACUAUAUAUAUAACUGCAAACAAUAUCAAACUGUAACAUUUUCAAUCAUACUGAAGUGUGGUCAAUGCAUUACUUGUAUAAAAUUUCAUGAUUUGAUUCAUCCAUUCCAGUUUCCACAACAGACAAUUUUACUGUUCUAUUCAGAGACUAUUUGAGUUCAAUUUAGAACUGUCAGACCAGUUUUUCCAGAUAUGAAAUUGUAAAAAUUCUAAAUUGUAUAUAAAAUGUACAAAUGUAUUUUUAGUGUUUAC